ACAUGUUCAGUAACUGUCGAAGUUAGCUUUCGAUUGCGAAUUCUGAAACCAAAAUGCAGAAGAAGACCAACAAAAGCUUCAGAAAAAUUAUCACUCUCUCAAUGUCUUUUUCGAUCUGGUUGUAAAAUCCCUCUUCGGAGCUACAAUUCCAAAUCAACAAUGGCGGGUCUCAAACGCCACUUUCUCCCUCUCCUCCUCCUCCUCUCCAUCGCCGCCCUCUUCUUCUACUCUUACCACCGUUCCACUGAUCUCUACCUCAACACCCCCAACCCUAACCCUAACCCUAAUUUCCCCUUUCGCCGCGAGUUUACCUUCAUCGUUAAGGUUUUAGCCUUCAACCGCCUCGAUUCCCUCACCCGCUGCCUCCGCUCCCUCGCCGCCGCCGACUACCUCUCCGAUCGCGUCCAUCUCCACAUUCACGUCGACCACUUCAAUGGCUCCGCUGAAGUGGAUCGCAAGCUGGGGGAAUCGCAUCGGAUUCUGGAAUUCGUUGACGGAUUCGAUUGGAAGUUCGGGGAGAAGAUCGUCCAUUAUCGGACGCAGAAUGCUGGAUUGCAGGCGCAGUGGCUGGAGGCCUGGUGGCCUAGCUCCGACGACGAGUUCGCCUUUGUUGUUGAGGAUGAUUUGGAGGUUUCUCCUUUUUACUACAAGUUUCUAAGGAGUUUGAUCCUCAAUUAUUACUACAAUGAUGCGAAUUUUCGUCCGUACAUCUAUGGAGCUUCUCUUCAACGACCAAGGUUUGUCCCAGGUAAACAUGGAAAUAAAAUGCAAUUGGAUAGUGGAACUCGACUAUUCUUGUACCAAUUGGUAGGUACUUGGGGUCAGCUUCUCUUUCCAAAACCAUGGAAAGAGUUCAGAUUGUGGUAUGACGACCACAAGGCCAAGGGUAUAAAGCCAUUUCUUGAUGGCAUGGUAACAACAGGAUGGUACAAAAAGAUGGGAGAAAGGAUAUGGACUCCUUGGUUUAUUAAAUUCAUUCAUUCUCGGGGCUAUUACAAUUUUUACACUAAUCUUUUACAUGAGAGAGCACUGAGUGUCUCUCACAGAGAUGCCGGUGUUAACUAUGGGAAAACUGCUGGGCCUGAUUCCCAUUUGUUGGAUGAAAACUCUCUUGAUUUCGACCUUUUGGAGAUGUGGCCGUUGAGUAACCUGAAAUGGUAUGAUUUCUGUUUCAGAGAAGUUCUUCCUGAAAGAGUUGUUAGGAGGUUCGAUGAACUUGGGUCUGUUCUUCACUCAGUGCAGAAACAGGAGACCAUUAUUCUUGUGAGCCUAUAUGGGGUACCUGAGAUGGUUACAAGGAACCUGCUCUGCAACUUUGAGAAGCUAAAUAUUUGGAACUGUAUAUUUAUUGGCCCCGAGUCAGAUUUCCUACUUGAACUUGUAAGAAAAGGACAUCCUGUGAUAAUUGGAGAUCUAUUUUUGAGGAGUGUGGUACCUCCCAAAAUGAUGGAUAUUCAAGAUUCCCAUACAGAACUGAUGCACACCAUUUUAGUCAAGGCCUAUGUGAUUAAGAAGUGCAUAGAAUUCGGGUACAGUUCUUUGGUGAUGGAGGGGAACAUGCUUCUUGUUGGUAGGUAUCCUUAUCUCGAGUUUGAUCACAACUCUGACUUCUUUGCUGGAAAGAGCUCGGACCUUUUCUUCAUUAGAAGCUCAACUUCUGCUCGAAAAAUUUGGGUUGAUAAGUUUAUCUCGGAUGUCGCAAUUACAGUGAACUCUUUGGUGAGUGAAAAAGAGACUACAAGUUUUGUGCAUGUAGUGGCCAACUUAUUGGUACAAAAGGGUGUGACAAUCAAGAGAGUUGAUGAGACAAGCUUUGGCGUUGAUAUUGCAAGCAGUGGUAAUGUUAAUCAAUUUUCUUUAGGGACUGGAAAAAAGAUUGUUUUCUGGUCUAGGAAGAUAGGUUCAGAUUUAGUUAGGAAGCGGCUUGAAGAAUUGGGUUUAUGGAUGGUAGAUGAUGACCUUUCUUGCAAGGCUGUUGUGUGUCACCAGUCAUAGCAUCUGUUGUGUUGUCUGAAUCAUGCCAUCAAAUUAUGGCAGGCAUAAUCAUCAAUUUUGACAAGUUUUAGUACGAUGCCAUUCAAUAUAAGUUGUCUUCUUGAUUAAUACUUGGGUAA